ACAAAGGACCCUUCCGUAUCACCUCUAGUUUCACAAAACUUCGGUCUUUGUUUAGCUGUAAUAUAUAUUGAUCAUGGCCAAGUUAUCAUGUUCUUAUUUCCUUGUACUCAUUCUUGUGUUGUCAGCUUUUCUAAUGGUUGCAAGAGCUGAGGAUAAGCGAUGUCAUUUGACGAUUAAAAAGGAAACUCCAUGUGAUCUUGUCGAUUGCCGUUUAAGCUGCUUUUCUUAUUACAAUGGAGUUGGCAAAUGUUUUGACGAUCCUAAAGUCGGAGGGCCUCAAAAUUGUGGUUGUCUAUUUAAUUGUUAGAUGUGUUUUCUUUAUAACCAUUGUGGUGAUUAGUGAUAGUAAAAUUAAAUUUAUCACGUUCUUAAUGGAUAUGAAUAUAUCUAAAAGAUCUUCAUCCUUCCGUAUG